AUGUGCAACGAUUUUUUUUGGCUUGCGAAAGAUAUUUAAGAAGGAAGACCAAAUAAAAUAAUACUAUAAACGAUACUAAAUUGACCUUUUAUAAUUAUGUUUUAGUUUGAAUUCCGAUAUAUUAUUGACAUGAGACGUGGCUCUAUAUAAUAUUACAGGCAUAUUUUUUUAUAUUUUUAAAAUUAGAUUUGUAUGAAUAAAAUAACAUGAUUGACACAGCAUCACGUGGGCGAUGUGUCAGACUCAAGUGAUCGACACAUUGAGACUAUAUGGUUAACGUAUUAAAAUCAAGUGGAUGACACUAAGCCAUCACCUCGGUGUUAGAUAGUUGAUCCUUUGGAGCGUGUGGUUGAUACCUCGAUGAUAGCCCCGUUAUACCCCAUUAUUCUUUCACAUCUUAUCAUUUAAUCUUCAUCAUGUGUUAAAGCAUUGUCAUCUUGGAUUCGGUAUAGAUUAGCAGUAGUUACGUUCGAAAUCAAUGCAUCACAUUCCUAUGCGUAUCAUAUCAUCUAAAUGUAACGAUUCAACGAAGGGAUCUACAAAUAUGCCCCAAAAAUAAAUCUUGAACUCAGAAUGAAUUCGACCUAUCAAACGAACUUACUAACUUAAACAUCAGAGGAGCUUUGUUGAGAGUGUCCUGAUAUAAUUUUGCAGUAAUCAAAUUGAAUUAGAGAAGUUUAACUUGAGAUCAGCUCGAGGAAAGAACAACUUUUCACAUCGGACAACUAAAAUCUAAUUUAACAAGAUCCAAUUGGGAUCCACUUGUAUGCUUAUCACAUGUUAUGAUAUUGAACAGAAUUAUGUUAGAAGCAUGCUCGAUAAAAUGUUAGUCGAUUUCUCAUCACCAAGAUAUGAAUUUUGCAAUCUGCAUGUCAUCUCCCCAUAUCAAUACUUAUUUGACCAAAAUUGGUCAAAAGAUCGAUGCAGUCAAAUACAAAACCGUUGAAAUUGAUUGCGUGAUUUGCCAAUGCCAAGUAAAAUUUCAAUGUGAUCUUCGUUUCGAACAUACAAUUAUUAUAACUCAAAUCGACUAAGUAAGUUGUGCUAUAAAAUUAUACAUUGAUCUCUACUUUGAAGUCAACUUGGCGGACUCAACCGCCACCCACCGAUAACAUCAUGGAUGUCUCUCUUGAUGUGAUAUCGUUACACAUCCAUAUUGCUUUAGUUCGAUGUCGUGUGUUGUUUCUAUACUUGAUGAUGAAUGUGAUACUUAUCUGUAUGCUCUUAUUCUGGUGACCACAAAGCCACAAACACAUGAUGGGCAUUCGAAUACUGUUUGCUGCUAAGUUCUAAGUUCUUUAUUCUGAAGACCCAUUGGAUAGGGAUAAGGCUUAAGAUGAGGUAAGGAAUAAGACUCCUUAUUCGUCAAGCAAUUUAAAUGUUAUCGGAAUAAAGCUAGAACAGUUGCUCUGAUCAAUUAUUCCAUGACAGAGGUGGAAUCCGAGUUGGUCUGUGUUAGGACCCCAAUGUGGUGGAGAUGGUACUACUGGAUAUGCCUUGUGGGCUGGACCUUGAAUGGAUUGGUGGAUCCACAAUUCGGUGAUGUGCAGGAGGAGAGACUUGUUUCUGGCGAUGACUUGGAGAGGAGCUGCUUUGGCUUCAGGUGGCGGUGGUCGCGUUUCCUGUGCUGUUCGCUUUCCUUCUCUGCGUUUUCGAUAAAGACGCUCAACUUCCAAAAGAGACGAAGACGGCACUUCCUGCGAGCCUUUGCAGUCAAGCCAGAAUAGUUGCCGGUGUGAUGUUGAGAAUCCUCAAAGCAUCGCUGAUUGCUCAUCUGUGCACAUCACAGAGCUAUUAAGAAUCAUUUGGGCGACUAGAUUGGACUCUUCAAUGAUCACCCUUCGUCACUUUUGUCAUAUAGCCAUCAUUGAGAAUAUUCUGCAUGUUUAGCAAUCAAGUUUCUUGUGGGAGAAUGAUAGCCCUCUAUGGAAUAAAGUGAAUUCUUUCGGGAUCUGCAAUAGCAUGGGAAAUUUUAGGGGAGCUUCUCCGGGAUAUGCAAUUGUGGGGUUUAAUGCAUCAGUUAUACACCUUAAAAUAUGUUCUUUGGUAAGAAUAUUGAUCUUUGCUUUCUUCUUCUCUCAUCUUCCUUUUACAUCUCUUUCUCUGUUUGAUGGUAUUUGUGUCAGGAGAGAGAUUGAUUGAUGGUCUGUAGUUAUGAUGAAACAAUGCGGAAAGAUUGGUAAGCAUCAGACUGCUUGAAAAAAGAUGUGGUGUUCUUGGUGGUCAUCCAACAGUGAGAUUCUCUCGUUGUGGACGUUGGUCCGUUGGAUCUGUCGGAUCUAUCGUCAGAUUUGAAAUCUCGAGCAGUCAAAUUAGGACGUUGGUAUCUUCAAACGGAACUAAAUGUGUAUAUCAAAUUAGAAUCGUUACGUGGUUGCUUGUUUCGGGGACCGAACUAUUGAUCCGUGUCAUGUCACCAAAGUAUCGAUAUCGGCUGAUGCUAGAUUUAUAGUAAGGCUUCCCAUUCAUGAUAUUGUAUAGACUGCUAUUGUCUUCAAUCCCUACCGAGCAAAAGAGAUGAUAAUGUUGACUGUACUGUAUGAGAGUGAAAGGUGGUGGAGCAGCAGCGAGAUUGUACAUUGUAACCCUGUACUCCUCUCCGCUCCGUUUGCUUUAGUUCAGCCGCUCUUGGUUGUGCUGUUCUCUGGCGCUGCGACGACCACGAACACGCGCACAGAGAGAGAGAGAGAGAGAGAGAGAGAGAGAGAGAGAGCUAAAAAGAUAUACCAAGGAAAAAAGAGGAGGAAGAAAAAGAGAGAAGAAAGGGAAAAGAGGGGGUGGGGUGGGGUGGGGUGGAGUGGAGAACCGGAACGAAGAGAAGCUCCCACAUCUUGCUGCUCUUUAACGCGUUCAAUUCCUCUGACUAAAAGACUCACUCCUCCCUCCUUUUGAUGCCCCGUUCAAGCUUUAUCUUCUUUUUCUUCUUCUUGUUUUCUUUCUCCCCCUCUUUUCCUGGGACUCCGAGCUCUGCUUCGGGAUUCGGAGACAUAGGCAUGAGGAGGAGGCGGAGAAAGAAAGGGUAUGGCGGUCGUGAUGACGACGGGUGCGGGCGGGGAUGAGCAGCAGCAGCACCACCAGAAUCCCUUCUUUCUCGACUUCUUGGGCAUGGGCAUGAGCUGUGGUGGGCAAACGCCCGCGCCUGAUUCCCGCUCCAUGGCCGGGCACGCCGAACCCGACGCAGCCUCGCCCUCCGCUUCCUGGCAAACGCUUGGCGUCUCUUCCGCUGGGCAGCAUGGCAUUGUUUCCGCAACCUCUCUUCUCGGUUCAGAGAGACGGGGGAUGAGAAGUUCUGAGGUUUUUCACUUUCAUGGUAGGAAGAAUGCCAUUUCAGACCCCGAAGGAGGUAAUACAUUGCCAGGAAGAAAGAGGAGCCAUCCUGAAUCAGUAUAUUCAGGUUUGAUAGAUCGAGCAUUUCCCCUGAGCUCUGGCUCCGCUGAAAGCCCAUGCUUGAUUAAGAUGUUUGGAAAAGAAAUAGUUAGUGAGCGCCCGGAUAAAGCUCGUGAUGAUGAAAUUAUGUUGUCUAUGCAUCGACCACCAAGGCCAACUUCUCUUGUGUUGCAUCCUCCCCUUAGUAGCAGACCUGAUUCUCUUAGUUCCAAGUUAGAACAAUCAUUGUCCAGAAGUCCUGGACGGUUACUACAUGCUUCAUGCUUUUCGAAAGCUACAAUUUCUUCUUCAUAUGUGAACAAAGAUGCAAGUGCGGUUGCGACAGUUAUUUCACAAUCUUCCAUAGAUGACGGUUCUCGAACAAACAUCAAAGCUUCUGGAGUUGUAAGUAUCAGCAACCCCGUUAGCAUGGUUUGUGAGAAAAUAUCAACCGAAUUCUUGCCUAGACCUAAGGCUUCUCAUGCUACAGAAUCAGAAACUUCUAAUGCUGUAAGGUGUGUCUCUUUUACAAUGUGGCUUAUAUGUUUCGACAAGCUCUCCCUUAACUUUGAUUCAUCCGUUAGUGUUGAAUAUGAUGGUAUCAAUGCCACAAAACCUAUAUUUGUCUUUGACAGGCGAUCUAAGGCAGCGUCUCCUGGACGUCAGAUGACCAUAUUCUACUCUGGCCAAGCACAUGUUUUUGACAGUGUCCAUCCAAAUAAGGCAGAUGUAAUACUGGCUUUAGCUGGAUCAAACGGCGUAUCAUGGUCGACCACUUACCACUCCAGAUCUAGUGAUCAGUCGAUCGUGAAUGAAGCUAAAACACGAGAGGAAGCGCGGACGAGCAAUUUGCCAAUAUCUGUACAUGGGGAUAUGAGUCACCAAAUUGCAGAGAUACCACCUCCGAGUGAUCAUUCUGCCAUUAGAUCUGGUGGAAAGGAUGUGGGUGACGAAGGGUGCGCUUGAUUGAGGACCCAUUUGGAUCCAUUUCACUUGGUGGUGCUUUGGAAUUCUUGGUUUUGUUGUCAUUUGCUUUGGUUUGGUGGUUUAUGUGACUACAGGAACUUAUCGAUCAACCUUCAAGACUUUCUAUAUGUAUCGUUUUGCAUCGUUGCUAGUUUUCUCA